GCCGCCCUGCGAGAGCUCGAGGAGUCAAAGGAUGCAGGAACCUUAAAAUUAGGGGAAGAGGAGGACUUUGAAAACGAGAAUAGCAGUGAAAAUAUGUCAGAGAGCGACGACCACGAGGAGGACACGGUGGAAGGAGAAGAGGAGGAGGAGGAGGUAGACGAGGAGGAGGAGGAGGAAGAAGAGGAGGAGGAAGAGGAGGAGGAGGUACAAAAUUUAGAAGAGGACGAAGAGGUGGAGGAGGAGGAAGCAGAGGAGGAAGCAGAGGAGGAGGAGGAAGAGGGGGAAGAGGAGGAGAAGGAGGAGGAGGAAGAGGAAGAGGUUGAAGAUGAAGAAGACGAAGAAGAGGACGAAACGGAACACUUAGAGACUAAAGGGGGAAACAGUCGACCUACCAAACGAGGGCGGUAUGCCCCUCCCACCGAAGAGGAAGAGAGGUACCUUCGUCAGCCCGAAGCUUUUUUCUGUCGAAAUCUCCUACGCCUUCAAGUACAAGAAGUUUUGGCAGACGUGCACCUAUCGGGAUGGAGCGAGCAAAGAGGGAGCCCUACCGCAGUCAGGAAGGCCUUAACGAAAUUUUUAUUCACGUUGCGAGAGACACUGUUGGGGAUGAAAAGUGGGACCAUGCCUGCGGAGGCCUCCGACCCCGCUUUCCCUUUCACCCCACACGUGCAAUGGCCCGAGGCCUCGUCGGCCCCCCUUCCCUUCCUCCCCCCCCGUCAAGUGGAGGUGGUAGGUUCCUUCAUGCUGGGCGCUUUGAGCAAACCGGCGCCCUCCGUGGACGUGGCUGUGGAGGUUCCAGCCCCCACCUUCGGUCCUCGCUGGCCGUGGUUGAAUUACCGGUAUCACAACAGACGGAACGCCUACUUGGCCCAUAUCAAGCAGGAGUUGGAGGGAGUUGAGGCCAUCAGGUGGGUAGAGAGGGAUGAGGGUUGGCGCCGACCUCUCGCCCCGGACCUCCUGCACGUUUUUGUGGACCGAAAGCUGGUUCUUUUCACCAUGCCUUCCCUUGUGCUACCUUUGAGUUGCUCCACUUCUUCGCCUCUCUUCCUCCCUGCCUCCUUAUGCGUGUUGCAGAUCGAUAGAGGUGGAGGCCUUCAAGGGGGACCAUCGCCGGCCUCUCCUUGUCCUCACGCCGACAGCCCAUACUGGAGGAGUCAAGUGAGGAUGGAGGGAGGAGGGGAAGGGGAAGGAGGGCAGGGAGGAUGGAAGAUAGGUAGCAAUCAGGCUUAUCGUCUUGGUAUUUCCAACAGGGUGCGACUUUGGCCUUCGAUUGCCCUCGUCGACGAUGUGAAGGGUGGGGUCAACAGCAAGAAGAAGGGGGCAGGAAAGAAAGGAGAGUCUGAGGACGCAACGAAAGGAGGGGGCAUCAUGGAGCGACCAAAGCUAAACCCGCACCGAUGCAAUGUUCGACGACAGUCCUGGAAGGACGGUCCCGAGCCCUCGACUCCACACUAUUCCCAAGGCAUCCUCCAGGAGGGCUCGUUCAAACAGCAUUUGGCCGUGUUGCAUUCGUGGCUAGGGCGGGAAUGUACAGGAGUUAAACAGGCAGUUGUCCUCUUGAAGGUCUGGCUCGCUCAGCGGGGCUCGCUCUCUGCGCUCGACUCCUUCGACGGCUUCUCCCUCCUCUGUCUGGCUGCUUUCCUUCUUCAAGAGAGGCGGCUCAAUCCCAGGAUGGAAGUUCUUCCCGCCCUGAUGGUGAUGCUCCAGUUUCUUGCCGAAACCGACUUGACCGAAACGGGGACAAAACCUUUACUGCUGAAGGGAGCCUCUUCUCCUCUAGACCCCUCACUUUUCGUGGGUGCUUUUGUGGCGUGUCUGCUGAUCGAAGAAACGGGAGGGAAUGCCUUUACAUACCUCUCCCGCUCCGCCUGUGCUGAGCUUCAGGAGGAGGCGAAUCGGGCUCUCAAGUUAUUGCGGACCGAUGUCCGCUCUGCCUCCACCGUCCUGUUCCUCACGCCCUUCCCCUUUUUGCGCACCUUUGACUACUAUCUGCGCCUUCCCCUCCGUUCGAAAAGCGAGCAGGCCACCGACGCGGUCAGCGUAGCGACAGCACAGGAGGAAGAACGCGUCUGCUGCGAUCUUCCCGUCGCCUCCUACUUGUCCCGAAAGGCCGCGCAGAUCCUCAGCCUCGCCCUGGGGAACCGUGCGCGCCGCGUGCGUGCUUUGCCCGCUGCUUGCUGUGUUGAGCAGAACUUGGGAAGAAAGGGGGAGCGGGGAUGGGUAUGGGUGGGCAUCUCGAUCGACCCUAUGCAGGCGUUGCGACUUGUGGAUCGGGGACCACCAGCUGAGGAGGAGACAAAGGCGAGAGAGUUUCGCGCAUUCUGGGGCCAAAAAGCAGAGCUUCGACGCUUCAAAGACGGGGCCAUUGUAGAGGCCGUAGUGUGGGGAGGAGGUGGAGACAGGCACAAGAUAGUGGAAGAGAUUAUGCGGUAUACCUUGGGGUACCACCUGCGGCAUCGGUUUCCUCCCUCUGUUGCCACCUCGCUGAGAAUCUUGGGAAAUGAAUUGGUUAUGUUGCUGGAGCUUUCCAAGGAGCGAUCGGCAAAUGGAGCGUCCGCAUCUUCGUCCUUGCCCUCGCCCUCCUUGACGCCUGAGGCAAUGACAAAGGCGGCUUUGACGGCAUUGGAUUCCCUGACGACGAAGCUCAAAGAAGGCGUAUCGUCCUGCCUUCCUCUUGCCAUCGAGGCGGUCGCCCCCCUCUCUCCCGCCCUCCGGCACACCUCCCUCUUCCCCCCUUUUCCCCAUCCCCUCGUCCAUGGAGCCAGUCGACUCUUGAAGCGUCUAGAGGGGCAGCAGGUGUCUCGUACAGUCGCCCCUCUUCCGAUCCAGGUGCAACUUCAGAAGUCGAACAAAUGGCCCGACGACUUAGAAGCCCUUCGACGGGCCCAGACAGCUUUCUUGCUGCAGAUUGCUCGGAGCCUCGAGCGCGACCCUGAGGUGAAAGCCUCCCUGGCUGGCCCCAACGCACUGGAUAUGAUGCUAGACGGCUAUGUGUUCCGGGCUUCUCUCUCCGUUUUUCAAGAAAGCUCCCUCCUUGGUCUGGAGGGAGAGCGAGUGGAGAAGGAGGAGGUGGGGCGCUGGACAGAACGCGCUCCCACCCACCAUCGACUCAUCCAAGCUUGUCACGCAGCCAAUCCUCUGUACGGCCGCGUUGUUCGCUUAUGCUCCAUAUGGCUUUCCAAUCAUCUCCUCCCACCUAUACCCUCCGACUCCGCCCUUCUCUCAUCCGGAACCGCUUCCAGCUCGCCGUGUCUCCCCCUGGAAGCCCUCGAACUACUCGUUGCCGCGCUCUUCUCCCCGCCCGGCCGACCCCCAGGGUCCCUCCUCGCUGGCCUCCUCGCUUUCCUGUCCCUCCUUUCCACGCAUAAUUGGCACUCCACUCCCUUGCUUGUUGACCCGCACCACACCCUUCUUCCUUCCGACCACGAGGCUGCAGAGAAAGCCUUUGAAAAACAUCAAGGCAAAGCGGGAGUCCGGGAGGGAGGGGGGUCUAUGAUGUAUCUACUGGCGCCGUACGACAAAGAGAGGGGAUGGCGACCUUCCUGGACAUCCUCUUCUUGCCCAGAGCCCGUAAUCCUAGCCCGAAUGAAGGCUCUCGCUGCCAUUUCGCUUCAAUCACUGUUGACAUGGAUGGAGGAAGGUGGAAAGGAGGGAGGAUGGAGAGCUGCCGUGGUUCCUUCUUCCCCCUUCCAGGCGGCCUCGUCGCCACUCCUGCAGCCGCCUCAAUUCGACGUAUUGAUCCGUUUCAAGCCAGCAUGGGUAGGUCCACUCUUCUCUGGCCCCUAUCGUGAGGGAUGGAGGGCGUGGGAAGAAGUCCAAAAAGGCUGCAAGGCUCUGCGUUGUGGACACCUGUACAAAAAUCUGGCAGGUGCACAGGCGCAGAAACGGGUGGUGGGGAUGGAUCCAGUGAGCGAGUACCAGAAGAAACUGGUGAAGAGGUAUGGAGGCUUGGCUUUAUUUUUUAUGGCGGGGGCUGAAGGAGGCCAUAGGGAAGGCUUAGCGGUAAGAUUUCGUCCGCGGCUGUUCCUUUCCUCGUCCUUUUCGGUGUUGCAGAGUAGAGGGAAAAUCCCGAUCAAAGUUAAGCCAGAUGAAGAAAAGCGAGAAAACAUCGACGGUGAAGGAGUACCAUUCAUGCUCCCAAAUGUGGGAGAGGUUUUGAGCGAUUUCAAGCGGCUGGGUGAGGAAAUCGUGGAGGAAGUGCUCGUGCUUUGAAUAAGGAAAUUUUAAAAAAGGCGCAUAAAUAAAUAAGUGUGAAAGUAUAAGAAAAGGGCGCUCGUGCCACGGAGCGCACACGAUGUAUGUUUGAAUAGAAAAAGGAUGUGAACGUCACAGAUGCGAAUUCCUAAUAAGCUGAAGCAUAGCUGGAAAUAAAGUAGACAGCGA